AUGGCUACCGCAACGCAAUCCCCCGCUGGCGCACAUUCCAACGCUACUUUUAGAGAUAAGGAAAAGCCCAUCGCCGUGCGGUCUGCAAACAUCGUCGCUGCCAGAGCUGUUGCCGAUGCCAUCAGAACCUCCCUAGGGCCUCGAGGAAUGGACAAGAUGAUCAGGAGUGGGAGAGGCGAAACCAUAAUCACAAACGAUGGAAACACUAUGUUGAAGAGCAUGUCUGUCAUGCACCCCACGGCCAAGAUGCUUGUCAACCUCUCAGCAGCACAAGAUGUCGAGGCAGGAGAUGGUACGACAUCGGUGGUAGUUAUAUGCGGUGCCCUGCUCGGUGCGGCAGAUAGAUUAUUAUCAAAGGGCAUCCAUCCUUCAGUUAUUUCCGAGUCUUUCCAAAGAGCGGCGGCAGCGGCAGUUCAGAUUCUCCACGACAUGUCGCAACCUGUCUCCCUAGCCGACAGCGCCACCCUUCUUCAAGCAGCGAAUACAUCUCUCUCCUCAAAGAUUGUCUCUCAAUACUCAGGCUUACUCGGCCCUAUGGCGGUCAACGCGGUUACAAAAACCAUCGAUAUCAAGUCAGCGGACAAUGUAGACCUGAAGAACAUCCGAAUCAUCAAGAAGGUGGGAGGUACGAUAGAAGACAGCGAGCUGGUAGAUGGAGUGGUCCUGAACCAGUCGGUCAUCAAAGCAGCAGGCGGCCCAGUGAGGGUGGAGAAAGCCAAGAUCGGCUUGAUCCAGUUCCAACUAAGCCCUCCCAAGCCAGAUAUGGAAAACACCAUUCAGGUAAAUGACUACCGUCAGAUGGACAAGAUCGUCAAAGAGGAGCGUCUUUACCUUCUUAACCUCGUCAAGAAGAUCAAGAAGGCCAAGUGUAACGUGCUUUUAAUUCAAAAGUCUAUCCUACGUGAUGCUGUCAAUGACCUCUCCCUGCACUUCCUUGCCAAGCUUAACAUUCUGGCGGUCAAGGAUAUCGAGAGAGACGAGGUUGAGUUCAUCUGCAAGUCUACCGGCUGCAAGCCCAUUGCAGAUAUCGAUUCCUUCACUGAGGACAAGCUUGGAACAGCCGACCUUGUCGAAGAGGCUCAGUCUAACGGUGCACGGAUGGUCAAAGUCACAGGCACGAAGUCGGCGGGAAAGACGGUGUCUAUAGUCUGCCGUGGUGCCAACAGCUUAAUUCUGGAUGAAGCCGAGCGUUCGCUCCACGACGCGCUUUGCGUCAUCCGCUGCCUGGUCAAGAAGAAGGCUCUUAUUGCUGGUGGUGGUGCGCCAGAAAUUGAGAUCGCGGCUCAACUCUCUAAGCAAGCACGCUCACUUACCGGUACAGAGGCUAUCUGCUGGAAAGCCUUUGCGGAUGCUUUGGAGGUGAUACCUACAACGCUAGCAGAAAAUGCCGGCUUAAACAGCAUUAAGGUGGUUACGGAUCUGCGACAUAGACACGAGAUGGGAGAGAAGAAUGCAGGUGUGAGCAUCAAGAGUGGUGGUGUCAACGCGAACAUCGCCAAGGAGAAUGUACUACAGCCAUUAUUGGUGAGCACGAGUGCUAUCGAGCUGGCGGCUGAGACGGUGAAGAUGAUUCUUAGAAUCGACGACAUCGCAUUGACGAGGUAG